GCUUGAAUUUGUGGAAAACCGAUGCAUGCAAAACUGAACGCCGGUCACAGGAAUAAACAUUACCGUCACUGCACAAGACUGAAGACGGUGCAGUUUCUGGACUCCAAGAACAUCUUGGCACUAUGGCGCCCUCUCCAGGGGAGUCAGGUUACCUUGACAACCACAGGAUGCCUACCCACAGGCCCUGAGACAGAGAAAAGGCACGGCCAGAGAAGGAGGGAAAGAGAGCGAAAAGAGACAAAAAAGGAGGCAAGAUACUUUCCAGCCCCAACUUUAUUUCCUUUUCUUUUAGUUUGUGUGUUUUCAAAACAGGCCUGAUGGUUGCCAGUGGGUUGGGAGGAAGACCCAAGGAGUGAGAUCCAACAUCUGUAAACAGGGGGCCAUGCGCGUUGCACUGCGGCCACGCAGUGGUUGCCUGGUGCUCUGUCUGUGCCUGUCUGUGUUCACCCUGCUGCUACAGAGCCUCUGGGUGCCUCUGGAGAUGACCAGGGAAGAACCUGCUGGGAGGUCACCUGAAGAACAGGGGCAGCGAGGUCUUGGCUUUCGUAGGCUGGCUCUUCGCUUGGAGGCUUUGAAUACUCAGGUGCAGAGGCUGAGCAGAGAGAUAGAUGCCACCAAGAUGACCAGAGAUGAUCUCAGCCUGCUACUGCAGAGCUUUAGACAGGACCAGCAAGGCUUGGCCCACUUGGUAGAGAGGGAGCUGAAGAGAGUGUCCCAUAGACUUGACCAGCUCAGCCGUCAUCACCACCAUCACCAUCAGUCUCAAACAACUCCACCACAUGAUAACCACAGACUACACACAGGGCCCAAUGAGAAGUGUGAGGUGCCAAUUGAUCCUGCAUAUCCGGUGUGUGCGGAGAAAGUGGAGUUUCUGCAGGCCCGUUGGCAGUCAGACCCCUGCUAUACCUUUUAUGGAGUGGAUGGCACCACCUGCUCCAUACUGACUUAUCUCAGCCAAAUAGAAGACUUUUGUCCUCCUCCUCCUGGAGGGAACCACUCUACACCACCAUGGCACCAGAAACCUCAGUCCUAUACAGAGAAGGCUGAAAUACGUACAACUCUGAGCCCACUUUAUGAGGCCAUCAGCAACAACAGCAGUCCUGCAAUAAGAUUCAUCCGGUCCAGGGUGGAAAGGAUGUCUGAACGGUGGAUACAUGCUGGUCUGAGGAUGAGGCAGAGCAGCAACAAGACAGUUUCAUCCCAGAUGAGGGUGCUGCUUUAUCCCGGUGCUCUGGCUGGGAGUGUUGGCCAGCAUUUUGAAGCCAUGGUGGAGAGAGGGGGUCCUCUAGGGGAGCUGGUCCAGUGGGCUGACCUCAGUGCGUGUCUGACCAUCCUGGGCCACAACCUGACCCUCAGCACCUCACAGCAACACCUCCACAGCUUGAUAGGUGCUGCUCCAGGCCGAGGCAGUUGUCCGAUCCAGAGGCCCCUGACCUUUGACGUUGUCUAUACUGACUACCAUGGCCUUGCUCACCUUCAAGUAGCCAUGGGGCUGGCUUUCCUGCAUUACCAGUGCCGCUUCAGAAUCCUGGACUCAUUUGGCACUGAACCAGCCUUUAAUUUGGGAAGUUAUGCAAGGAUCCGUGGAUAUAAAACACUGUGGGGCAGCUGGGGUCUCCAGCCUCUGCAGUACAUGACCAUGUUCCCUCAUACUCCUGAUAACUCCUUCCUGGGCUUUGUAAGUGAGGAGGCAGCAAGGGCGGAGGUGAGAGAGGAGGAGCUGGAGUCAGACACCUACAGGAAAGACAAGAUAGCAGUUGUCUAUGGUAAACAGGAUUACAUGUGGCAGGGUAAAUCAGAGUAUGUGGAGGUGAUCAGUGAAGAGCUGGAGACCCAUGCCACAGUCUACCAGCCUGAAGGACACGCUUCUAAUUUGCCCAGCUUUAUCAGAAACCACGGCCUGCUGACUCAGGAACACUUCCUACAACUUCUCCGCAGAGCCAAGGUGUUUGUAGGUCUUGGUUUCCCCUAUGAGGGUCCAGCUCCCAUUGAGGCAAUAGCUCUGGGCUGCAUCUUCCUCCAGCCACGAUUUGACCCACCACACUCCCCAGACAAUAAUGACUUCUACAAAGGCAAGCCCACCACAAGACAGAUCUCCUCUCAGCACCCAUAUGCUGAAGAAUUCAUCAGUAAACCCCACGUGUGGACUGUGGACAUGACCAACAGGACAGAUGUACGGGAAGCAGUCAAAGCUAUUCUACGCGCAGAGGUGAAGCCUUUCACUCCCAGAGAGUUCACAUGUGAGGGAAUGCUGGAGCGGGUUCAUGGUUAUAUCACUCACCAGAAUUUCUGCAGUAAGUCUGUCCCUACAUGGCCACCAGAAAGUACUCUAAGGGCGCACCUGGGUCCUCUGGGUCAGUCGUGUGUGAGUGUGUGUCGACACUCCUCUCUCGUGUGUGAGCCUGCUCUGUUUCACCACCUCAACAGCCCUGCCGCGUUCACUAGGCUCGGGCUGGGUUGUUCCAGCAUGGUGCAGGAAGUCAACCAUCUGUUUCCUUCCUACAGCCCUUGGGGUCGGCGAUGUGGCCUUCAGCAGGAACCACUGCUGUUUAGUUGUGCCGGUUCUGAUCCUUCCCACCGCAGACUGUGUCCCUGCAGAGCUCACCUACCUGGACAGGUGGCACUGCAUCCUGACAUCCUUUAACAACACUGUGAAAGGACUCAGGGAAUAGCACGGAGAAAAGAGGAAAAAGCUAAUAUGAUGAAGACAGCACCAAAGAACCAUCUGCAAUGCUUAAUGUAGAGUUAAAGUGAUCUCAACCAAAGAAAGCAAGCUGUCCUGCCAACACUAUUGAAAGGUUUGUGGUCUCAUAGAGAGGCUGAGGGACUGCAUUUUAUUAUGAUGCACACAUAAUUAAAAAUAAAUAAUUUUCAGUGCUCCGGUAAUCUGAAGGAAUUAUCUCAGUCAGCAACCCUAGCAUUUAGGUUUUCAUAACAAUUUCGGAGUUAUGAAUUUAUCAUGAACAGAUCAGAAGAUAUUGCUGCUCGUCCCUUAGGCAUCCAACAUUGCAUUAAAAAAAUAAUAUGAGAGAGGCCGUGCCAAAUGGUUAAAGUUGUUCUGCAAAAUUUCUAUUGCUAGAUUUGUCUGACUCAACUGGUUGGCCCAAGACUUUGUUGUGUUUUUUUUUCUAAUGACAGUCAUUACUCAGGAACCAAAAAUGAAUGAUUGUCAUAUCAUAAGUACUUGAAUAUUGAAGGAUGAAGAAUUCAAGGCCUGGUGUCUCAUGGUGCCUAACUAAAUCCCUGUUGUUGUUGUUGUUGUAGCUUUUCCUUGAUCCCUUGAGCAAAUUGUCUCUAAAUGAAGGCAAAAACCACUUUAGGGAAAAUAGGUGUUUAGGUGCAUUUGAAUAAAUAUAUUCCAGCUUUGAGAAGAGACACCAAUGACUCUAAAUCCAUGUAAUGGCCAUGAAUGCUAAACUUCUUUUCACUUUCUCUAGAUCACACACAGUACAGUGCACUUCAAUAUUUUUUGCUUACAGUAAUGUAUCACACUGGUCAGUAUUGCAUGGGAUUACUACCCAUGUAACCCCUCAAUGCAUUGCUGGCUGCAAAUAUUAGCCUGGGCCUCGGAGGAGAGAGGGUGACAGCCUAAGUGAUGAGGCUCAUUAUCUGAGUGAAUCAUGGAUAACCUCUGGAUGCCUUUUGGAGGUCACAGCCAUAUGACCAUGAUUAUACUGUCAUAUAAACCAUUGGUUCCCAACCGUCUUUGACUUAGGAAACCCCCUCAGCUCUGUUUAAAUCCAUACCCCCCACCAGUAAAGGCAGGAUCACAUUGUUUGUCUUUCAAACACAUAUUUUGCGUCAUUUAGACCGGGAAAAAGUCACUGAAGGCAGAAUUAAUUAUGUUUUCUUGAGUUAUUUUACUAGAAAUUACACCUUAAAAUGAUUUUGAACGCAUAACAGAUGACUCAUUUCGCCCAGAGUUCUUGCAUUUGCGCCAAUAUUAUUCCUUGACUGCCUCAUGACCUACAGAUCUGUAGCGCCCCCACCCCACCCACCCAAGGGUAUUUUGCACCCCUGGUUGAUAUGAACAAACAUGGAAACUUUACAUACAGUAUGUACAGUGAUUUGGCAUGACACACUCUUAAUGAGAGAGUUAUAGAGGCCCUAUGCUUGAACAUUUCCAUUUCAGAAGCCUCAAAAGGUCACACAGGCUUAUCCCGUCAUCCCUGCCUGCAAAACAGCUUGUGAAAGAAACAAAUGAUAACAACCAAGGGCUAAACUACAGCCCAUAAUCAGUGUUAAGUGAUGGGGUGCUGGACUUACAUAGUGCAGCUGUUAGUAAAGAUGGCUCCAACAAUGGCAACAAGCUGCUAUUUUGAACUGGAUCGAUGUGAGGUUCUUCUUGGAAAUGACGCACUCAUGAAUGUUAAUUGGCAGAGAAGGAGACCUUUUCCGCCCCGAUACACUCCAUGUGACCAGAACAUAUUGUCACUCAGGGAUCAGACUAUUCAGGGGUGCAACGAUAGGAUUGGUUGUCAAUGUGAUUGACUGGUAAAUGGCUGAGAAACGGUCCAUGAAAACAACAUUUGUGAUGACUCUGGUGGAUUCUGGUGAAUUCAUUUGGCCUUGUCAAAUGUGACUUUUUCUUAAUUAGCUGAACGAUGAUGGAAAUGAACUUGUGUUUAUGUCAGGAGGCUGUUUGGAAUAAAAGAAAAUAAAAGUUGCUUUUGACUCAGAGGGACGUCUCUGAAACAAAGUUUUAGAAAAGUGAUGUCACAUUUCUGGAUGAGUCAUGUUAAUACAUAUCAUUUACAUGUGUUAUGGCAUAUAAAAGC